GGUUCAAACAGGCUAGAAGCACGUUCGCGUUGUGUUUUCGCGCGUGCCGUGGCGUCGGUAGGUGACGUGGUGGUUGACGUUACUACCGCCAGGCGUCCGGCGUAAUAUAUCGUGCCCAUUUAAUUCUCAGUUGGUCGUCGUUCCGACGAGUGCGCCGUGCGAUUUUGGAUUCGCUGCGCGAUAUCGCCGUUCCUACCUGCCACGCCCCGCCGGAGGUGUUAUUCUCUCCCUGCAUUGACCGUUUGGUUGCUCGACCGAGAGGAUUCCUGACAUGGCACGCGACGGCAGCUUCUGCGGUCUUCUGGCUUUGGCAGCGAUGGUGAUCGUCCUCGGCUGUCUUGUCAGCCCAGGAGACCCAGCUGGCCCAGGAGCCGCAGGAGCCGCAGGAAAGGCAGGAGCCGCAGGAAACCCUGGAGGCCAAGGAGAAGACGGAGGCGACGGAGGUGCCGGGGGACCAGGAUACGUAGGAGGUGCAGGAGGCGCAGGAGGCGCCGGGGGUGCAGGAAUCGGCGGGGCUGCUGGAGGCGACGGGGGUUCAGGAGGCAACGGGGGCCUAGGAGGCUCCGGGGCCACAGGAGGCGUGGGAGGCGCAGGAGCCGCCGGAGGCGUAGGAAGCGCCACAGCACGAGGAGGCAAUGGAGGUUCAGGAGGCGACGGAGGCCAAGGAGGUGCCUGAGGCCCA